GCAGAUCCGUCUCCAGCGCCCGGACUGAGAGCAUCUGAAAACCGGACGUACAGAGAGCCCCCCCACACACACACACGCACACGCGCGCGCGGAUUUAUCAGCUGUUCGACCUCAAACCGGGAUCUUACUUUGUGGAGAAAACCUGAGUCUCCAUCUGUGUUUUAAUUUCUCUUCUUCAAAGAUCGAAGCUGGAUUAUUUUCCUCCUCCUUUCUGACUCUGCGUUCGUGGAGAUCGGAGCUCCCACUGUGGACUCUCUCUCUCUCUUUCUCUCUGUGUUUUCUCGGUUUGUUGGUGCAGCAUCAGAGUUUCAUCGAUAAUCUGCAGAUUUCCUGAAAGAUUUUAAACUUUUUUUUAAGUUUGUGUCCCGGAAUGACGCGCUGACGCACCUGAGGGAAGAUUUACACACAGAAGUAAGUUUGCAUCUCUAAGUUAUUUCAAAGGUUUUAUCAGAGAUUUUGAUUAUUUUUAAGUAUUUGAAGAACUGUUUGUUCACACCUGUGUUAAAUACACGGAAUUCCUCAUGCAUGGCUUUACAUUUGGCCAGUUUUCUGCCUGUGAUUUCAACAAAAUAAUCACAGAAAACUUACAGUUUGGUUGAUUUAUUUAAUCGUGGAUCAGGAAACUCACACUUUAUUGAAGAUAAUGAACUAAAAAAACAGAAAACACAUGAUUGAUGGUGAGAAACAGAUCAAAUGUGGCUACAAAGAUUUCAUAUUAAGCAUCAAAACCCAAAGAAGUCCUGAACCUUGACUGAAAAUCCUAAAGAUUUCUCUGUAAGGACAGCUCAUGUCUGCGUGUCACCUCCUUUAUCACCGCUCCUCCGUCUGUCCAUCAGAAAAGAAUUAGUCAGUUUUAUUUCCUGUAAAGAUGACUACACCCUCCAUCUCCUUAAAGGAGCAGUCUGUGACAUUUAGGGACAUCCAACAAGAAGGAUACAGAUCGCAGCCACUCCCCUUAAAGACACGAGAGCUCCUCCUGAGAGCCAGAGAUCGGGUUCAUCGAUGGGACUUAAACUCAGUAUUCAUGCCAUGUCUGCUAAUAUAUUGGAUCUUCUCAUGAGGUUUUGGCAACAAGUCCUCCAAUCCAUUAUGACCAUGGGUCAUUUUAUUCAUGCACUGAAAUACAACCCAGUGGAGCGCUUACUAACGAGUGCCUCUGCCGGUUGACUGAGGUACCACACGGGCCUUUUGUAUGACUCAUGGAGAAAUAUAAAUGGUAAAUAUGACUCUUACCAAUCACCAAAUUCAGUUUUAACAACAUUUUAGACGAGAACAUAGUUGUUAAAAUUUAAAAUGUGCCGUUACUUUAUCUCGAGAGGACUGGUUUCGGAGAUCUGUACGUCACCGCUACAGGAGGAGCCUUAACAAGCUGCUGCCUGUGCCACCUGGUACCGGUGUCACCCAGCUGUUGCGCCAAAUGAAACAAUAAAAAGAUCCAAACGUAAGAGCAGCCGAUGUUUUAUACCUGUGUCACUUUGUCUUUAGUUGUGAAGACAUCUGCGUGCACACGAUCGCGAUAAAACACAUUAUUUAAUCCCAUUUGCGGCAGUGUUUUGGACGUGCCAUGACAACGUAUGACAUUUGUACUGUCAUUUCUUGCUACCCCAUCGAAAAUUGUGUGCAUGCGCAUUUUAGUGCACAUUUAAUGCUCUUUAAAUGGCACAUCCAAAACACUGCUGCAAAUGGGAUUAAACAAUGUGUUUUUUAUUGCGAUUGUGUGCACGCAGACGUCUUCACAACUAAAGACAGAGUGGCAAAGGUUUAACACAUUGGCUGCUCUUAGGUUUGGAUCUUUUUAUCGUUUCAUUUAUCAUGACAGCUGGGUGACACUGGUACCAGGUGGCACAGGCAGCAGCUUGUUAAUGCUCUUCCUGUAGCGGCGAUGUACCGAUCUCUGAAACGGGGGAUCUAAAUUUGUAAACCAGUCCUCUCAAGAUAAAGUAACAGCACAUUUUAAAUUUAAACAACUAUGUUCUUGUCUAAAAUUGUGUUAAAACUGAAUUUGUUGAUCGGUAAGAGCCAUAUUUACCAUUUAUAUUUCUCAUACAGAAAGGCCUGUGUGGUACCUCAGUCGACCAGCGGAGGCACUUGUGAGUAAACGCUCCAUUGGGUCAUAUUUCAGUGCAUAAAAAAUGACCCAUUAGGUCGUAAUGGAUUGGAGGACUUGCCAGCAAAAUCCCCGUCCUAAAAGCGUUCAUAAACCUGGUCUCUGUGGUUAAAUUUAGUUCAGAUGGAUUGAUGUGGACAAUUUGGACUCAACAAAAGUUAGACCUCGAUUCCCCUUUAGGGAACAGAGUCUGAGACCACUGUGAAAUCUACCCACAUAAAGAUAAUCUGAAUACCUCACUGUAUUUUAGUUGAAAACUUUCUCAGAUACUGAAACUUCUCAGAGGUUCUUUUAAAUCAGACAAAUUCACUCGACAAUCGACAUAAAAGCAGCAGAGUGAAAGGAGACAGCCUCUGAAAGUGGCCAAGAGGUAAUUUCCACUUCUUUUCAAACACACAACCUCACUGGAUCAUCGAGUUGACAGCCAAUCAAAGGAGUCGGUCCGUCUGUAGAAGCUUGUAAGCUCUGCUUUCGUACUGUCAGAAAGUUUCUCCAAAAUCCACCGAAAAAACCUCUCUUUUUUUUUUUCAGUGAACUUGAGUUAGAGCAGGAAGGAGGUUUACCUGACACAGAGGAGCAGGUACAUCAAUGAAAUCUUUGUGUCUCACUCAGUGAACCUUCAUAUAACCCUCAUAAUUAAACAUGUUGACGUUACUAGAUCUACUUAAUUUCUGGUAAAUGAUACGCCACAGAAAAAAAAAGAAAACAUUAGAUUUGUAGAUUUUGAAGUUUGAGGUUUGAGGAACAAAUAACUCGUUCGCCAUCCACCAUUGUUGCUGUUAGAAGCUCCUUCCCCAAAAUCUGUGGAGCCUCUUUUCAACUAUAAGUCAUAACAUUAACCAAAUAAAGUCAAUUAUAAGUUUUGGUCACUUUUGUGUUUCCUCACCUCAUAUCCUUUUGUUUCAGCGAUGUGAAAACCAUCUUACUUGUGUUAAUUUAUAGAGCAGAUUUUCCCGUGUGUUUGUGAGUUUGAGUCAAAACUUUGAGCCGAGUAUUCAGCCGAGAUAAUCCACAGUUAGUAAACGUAUGUUUGACUCUGAAGUGUCAAUGAAACACGGCGAGUGGGCAAUCAAACACAGGUGUGUGACACAAGACACAGGUGAAAGCACUGAGAGAGAUCAGACGAGAGAGGAUCACACUGGGCCAGGAAGUAAAACGGAAAGGGCCAAUCAGGGAGAGGGGAUAUUCUGGGGUAAAAUAAAUUUAGGGUCAAACACAUCAUCUCUAGUUAUACCAACUUUAGUAACAACCGCAGGAUAGCAAUACAGACAGCCACGCGCUCAACCAAAACACCACUCUAUAGCCACAAAUAAUGUUCAGAGCAGCACCUAACUUCAUCAACAGUACAUAUAGGGUCCCAGCCAUUGUACUAGCCACCAAUCAUCUUUUUAUCUUUGACUAAUUCCUUUAGCAAAGAGACUAAACACAACUCACCUACUCUCUUUCAGCAGCCGCUUGUUGUAACGAGACCUCGGGCCAGUCCAUUACGGACUACAGUGGGGUGACGCAGCUCAAGGAAGAACAUUUAUGAUCAUUUCUAGGGCUGCACGAUAUUGGAAAAAACUAACAUUGCAAUUUAUAUAUAUUGCAAUAUUUAAAAAUACAGGAAUUUUCAGCAGAUGACCUGAAUAGCACUUUCUGCUGAAAUCUUGAGGACAGUUAACUUGCACUGAUCUUACCUCUUUUAGUGAAUGUUAGCAGAAUGGCUUUUGUCUGUCUUAGAGAUAUUUUUAGCUUUUAUUGCGCUGGGACGUUAUUGUGGAAACAGAUGAACACAAAACAGUGAUUUGGUCGACAUUAUCCUUCUUGCAACCGAAAUAAUUCCAGAUAAAUGACUUUCCCUUUCUUUUUGGCAAUUUUCGGUGGUUUUCUCUUGUUCGUUUCUCAUUUUGCAAUCGUUGUUGUUGUUACCGAUGUUGUGCCAAAAAAUGCAUGUCCACCGAGAAUUUCAUGCACCUCGCAAAAUGCUCAUCACUUAUAUUAGAGUGGUCCACGGAAAUGUACAAUUUUAAACCCAUACAGUUCUUAUUCGUGGGGUUAAACAGUGAUGAGUAAUGUUCCCAAAGUAAUUCUUAGCGGGCAUGCAUCUAUCAGCAUAACACCGGCAGCACCAACGGCUCACUCCAUGUGCAGGGGUGUGGUUUCCUCCUCUUUGAUUUUGAUUGACGGCUGGCAGGGUAGCCUGAUUGGCAAGUGAGUAAAGAACAAAUGUGAUUGAUGGAUCGCUGCACAGCACAUGCAGAGUCACAUGCAGUGUAUCUCAGUCAGCUACACUUGAAAUUAGAUGAGGUCAUCCGCCUCCUACAUCGCAAGCUCUGCAAUGUAACUAUUGCGCACACGUGCAUCGCGAUGACGAUGCUCAAAUGAUAUAAUGUACAGCCCUAAUCAUUUCUUUAUCAUUCACCAUAUUAAUCAUUUUGCACUGCAGACGCGGUAGUUCUUCUGCCUUAGCGUCUCGAUCUGAUUGUAUUUCCAUGAAGAAAUUAUCAUAAAUGUUCUUCCUUGAGCUGCGAAACUCUGCCAUACUCAGUGAUGGACUCAUCAACCCGUGAAGUUAAAAAGAUGUUUGGUGGCUAGUGCUAUGGCUGGGACCCUAUAUGUACUGUUGAUGAAGUUAAGUGCUGUUCUGAGCAUUAUUUGUGGCUAUAGAGUGGCGUUUUGGUUGAGGUUUGUUUAUGGCUCCUCAGACCGCUGUGUAUUGCUAUCCUGCGGUCGUUACUAAAGUUGGUAUAACCAGAGAAGCAAGCGGUCGGCAACAUUCAUCUCUGGAGAGGGUGUGUACCUUGAUGUUACAGUGUGUUGGACCCUAAAUUAAUUUUAUGCCGGAAUAUCCCUUAACCCUGCAACAUAACAACUCCAAAAAAACAAAAGAUGAAACAUAAGAAUAAUUAAAUAAACAAAGAAAAGACUGAUGAACAAAGUCAACAAAAUAAAACAGGGAAUUCUGGGAAAUACAGAACAGCUCAUGACACACUGCUUAUAAGUUGACGUACUGUGGAUAACACAACGGGAGCUGUGACUCACAAACAUCAGCGGGUAUACAUGUGGAGGAUCUGUCCAGGUGUGAACAGGUGUCUUCUUGUUGUAUCCACCCCUCACUUCUGCUGGUCAUGUGUUCCCUCUUCUGGAGAUCUGGAUCAACAUGACUGGACAUGGAUCACAUGUUCACCUUGACCACUAAAUGUCUCUCUCUGUCUUGCAGAUCGUCCUCUCACUCAGACUCCAUGGCGUCUCCUUGACUGAAAGUCGUCCGGUCUCUCCGUCGUCUCGAGGAAAUCCCCGUCUUCCGUCUCCAACCCUGUAGAGUCUCCCCUCGUCACCAUGACAGCGGCUCCUCAAACGCCCUGUCCGUCAGAGCUCAGCGGACUUUCCAACAACAACCUCAGCCUUGUCUCCGUCAACCCGCCCUGCAACCAGAGCAUCAGGACCCCCCCUUACACGCCACAAGCCACCGCAGCCUUCGCCAUCGGGAUUACCUCUAUGAUGGUCAUGACUAUUGUUGGGAACAUCCUGGUCAUCAUCGCAGUCCUGACCUCCCGGUCCCUGAAGGGGGCUCAGAAUCUUUUCCUGGUGUCGCUAGCUGCGGCAGAUAUUUUAGUCGCCACGCUAAUCAUUCCUUUCUCGUUAGCUAAUGAGCUGCAGGGCUACUGGGCGUUUAGCUCCAUCUGGUGUGAAAUCUACCUGGCGCUGGAUGUCCUCUUCUGCACCUCCUCUAUUGUGCACUUGUGUGCAAUAGCACUUGACCGCUACCUGUCCAUCUCUCGGCCUGUGUCCUACGGCACCAAGCGUACACCCUUGCGUAUUAAAGCUUCCAUCGUGGUGGUCUGGCUGAUCUCCGCGGUCAUCUCUUUCCCUCCUCUGCUCACCCUGGACAAAAGCAAAGGAGGUAACGGGGUAUGUGAACUCAACAGCGAGCGCUGGUACAUCCUCUACUCGACCAUCGGCUCGUUCUUCGCCCCGUGUGUGAUCAUGAUUCUGGUGUAUGCGAGGAUUUAUCAGAUCGCUAAGAAGCACACACGCCACCCGCCGGGACACAAGCAGAAAGUGGCAGCGGGGGGAAAUGCGAGUGUCGCAAGUAAUGAGCCAGCGGUAAAGCAAUCCGGGCAGUUGCACCAAAACGGGGACCGAGGCGGAAGAACUACCAGCCUACGGGACAAGGUCCACUUUAAAAUGCCUGAGUCUGAAUCUACUCCAUCAUCACUCCGAAGACCUUCUGAGUCCAACACCCAGAAACCUCCUGAUUUAAGUCCCACUCCCAUCCAGAAAUCCACCUCCUCCCCAUCAAUCCCUCAGCAGGACAGCCAGGUCCCCCCAGCUGAUCCUCGUAUAGUUCCUCAGACACAUCACAUCGAGAGGGGGGAAUCACUUCCUGACAAUGGCUCCACCUCCGGCUCUGAGGCCGAGCUGGAAACUGGCGAGGACAGAGCUCUGAGGGACGGUAACAAAGAAGAGGCGAGCAAGAAUGAGGAGAAGACCUCAGAGACCCCCCAAAGCAAAAGCUUCAGAGUCCAGGUGCUCAACCUGGCUCACAGAUACAAAAACACCAUGGCCACAUCAUCAGGGACCAAACUGGUCUCAGAGGAAACACCUACGAAGCAGGGGACGCCGAUUUCCCGCCGCAAGGCCAUGAUGAACCGGGAGAAGAGGUUCACCUUCGUCCUGGCAGUGGUGAUGGGGGUCUUCGUGAUCUGCUGGUUCCCCUUCUUCUUAACCUACUCUCUGCAGGCCGUUUGCCCCGAGACCUGCAGCAUCCCCAACCCCUUGUUCAAAUUCUUCUUUUGGAUAGGGUACUGCAACUCCUGCCUCAACCCGGUCAUCUACACGGUCUUCAACAACGAUUUCAGGAAGGCCUUCAAGAGGAUACUGUGCAGAAACACUAAGGGGACGUUCUUCUAGAAAGGAGUAAUUCUUUGGACUGCUGGAGGACAGAAAGACUGUUUUGUGUGAUGUUUAAAAACUUUUCAUUUCUUUGUGAGUCGGACCAGGACUGACCUUCUUCAGCAGCUGCAUAAACACUUGAACAUUAAGGAGGAAAUUGCAUCCAUUUUCUCCUCUCCUUGUGUUUGUUUGUGGGCCUCGCAGCUUCUCUCCAACAAAGAGGACUUCAGAAAAACCCUGGUCAAGUGGCUGAAUCAAUUAUCUUUAAUGUUAUUUAAGAAUGCAGUGUAAUUGUAUUUAAUGACUCUGAAGGAGAGUGAUCUGAUUAUAUUUUGAAACGGAAGUCAGGAUCUGUGCUACAGGGUCUGUGUUUAGUAAUUUAAAGUACAACGAUAGUGUGAGUCUGUUUGUGUGAGCGUGUAUGCAUAGGAGACGAGGAGGACUGCCUUAGGGUCUAACUGGAAGAGAACAAAUAUCACUAAGUGUCCUUGAUUGGAGAUAAUAUGGGCACUCAAAGAACAUAAGAUCAGGGAAACCGCGAGCAUCCUCCUCUGUGCCUCGACCCGCUCCUCUCUCUUUCUCGUCUCAUCUCCAGCUGUAACCUGGAACGUGUAAAUUAUGGCGGAUAGUGCUUUUUCCCUCUCAGUAUUCCCUUGUCACCGCGAACAGCUGAAUGUAACACCUCACAUGGGGGAUCGCUCAUUAAGGUUGUAGCCAGGAGGCUUUUUCUAGAGCGAGAGAGCCAGUGAAGAAGGCUGCAUGAAAGACGUGAAUAUGAAACUUGGACGAGGUUGUUCACUUCCCCCACUUUCUUUCUUUCAUCUUGCUUUAAAGCUUCAGAGAUAUUUUCUUCCCCCUAAACGAAAACACGACGCAGAACUGCUGUGCUGCUUUUGUUUCCAGUUAGCUCACAGGUUUUAAUUUUCACCGUUUAAUGACCAUGAUGGACAGUGAGCAUUGUGCCCUUUUUAAAGCAAUACGGACUGUAUGUGAACUCAGAGCUGACCCUGACUAUGAGCUGAAUCUCAGAUGAAGACGCUCCUCCUCUCUCUGGACUGAUCUGGUUUUGUGGGUGUGUGAAGAGUGUGUGAAGAGUGUGUGUGGCUGAGUUUGCUGCAGCAUGCUUUUGAGAAAUGCACUUCUUAUCUUUGGCCAACAGAACUCUGCUUGACUGAAGCACCCAGUACUGUAUACAUGUGUAAGAUAACCCUGGUGGUGGAAUCUGCUUUUGUACAGUCGCAGCUUAAACACUAAGAGUAGUUGUGCUUCUUACUUUAAAGUCCAGCUGAAAUAAAAUUAACAUUUUUUCCUGCCAUGUGAUCGAGCACUUACUUGGCUGUGUUUGGAGGAAUAAGAUGGCGGGGCUUUUAGAUAACAACGCAAAUGCAAAGAGGUGCAAACCUAAACCAGGUCCACACCUCUGAAACCUGUGUGACGAUGUAAAGAGAGUGUUUUAAUGUUAUGAAUGUCCUGAAAUGACAUUAAAAAUUGUUUCCUGCAAAGAAACAUAAAAAAAGGUCUCACCAUGCCGACUGAAAUGGCACGCCAUGAGAAAUAACAUUUAAAAAAAGGGAAAUCAACACAUUUGUAAGAUUAUUGCAUAUAAAGUGCAGUAAGAUCUGUUUAUUCUGGGAUCACAGUGCUGAAGUGAGACAGAUUUCAGCAUAUUUAAGGGUGUAUCAAAGAUAGGACCCAGCAGAGACGAACACAGAGACCCAGCAGAGGGACAAUAACAGUCAAAACUGAGGCUUAACCGGGACAAAUACAGUCAAACUGAGACUCAGCAGAGGGACAAACACAGUCAAACUAAGACCACACGACAAUUACAGUCAAACUGAGACUCAGUGGGGACAAAUACAGUCAAACUGAAACCACAGGGACAAAUACAGUCAAACUGAGGCUCAGCAGUAACAAAUGCAGUUAAACUGAGACCACAGGGACAAAUACAGUCAAACUGAAUCUUAACAGGGACAGAUACAGUCAAACUGAGACUCAGUGGGGAUAAAAUAUGGUCAAACUGAGACCACAAAGACAAAUAUAGUUAAACUGAGACUUUACAGAGACAAAUAAUGUCAAACUGAGACUUAACAGAGACAGAUACAAUGAAACUGAGACUACAAGGACAAAUCCCCAAGCACUCUAUAGCUGGAACAGAACCCCCACAGUUGGUGUCCUUCAGAUAAGUCCAGAUCUGCUCCUUGCUAAAGCUCAGCAAACACAAUGUUACUGGAUACUUGUGGUUGUCAAUGUCUACUCACUAUGAGAGUAAAUGUUUAUGAUUACGAUAAUCAACUUUGUGGCACGUCAACAAAAACCUAAAACGUAGAAACUACCAAGCUACCACUUUUUCCACAGGGGGCGCCAGAGUCAACACAGAAAUUUACUCACAGGAGCUUUAAAUGCCUUUAGCAAAUGUCUAAUUAAAACUGAAACAUUCAAACUCAUAUACAGGAGUUUGUACUAAACAGUUACAGUCGAGUCACACAGUCAUGCAGCCAAUCAGAAACUGUUGUGGGCGGGGCAAACUGAUGCGAGAAAGACAAGUAAGAGCGCAGACACAGCUAAAGCUGAUUGGCAAGUUUUGUCGCCCUGAAACAGAGAGGUACCAGCUGCUGUGGUAAAAGUUAAAGGCUUUAUGAACCAUUUCUACUUCAUAUCAGAAAAUCAGCUGUUUUCAUACCAAUCAGCGACAUUUCUAUGAUUUCAGCUGGACUUUAAAAAAACAGCUCGUUGGAUCCCUCUGUACCUCCUUGUAUCUCCUGUGCUGUCGUUGUGUAUCGCUUUAAUUUCCGACUGACUUGAUGUAAAGGGUCGAAUAAAGGACUCAGUGAGACUGCGUAAA